AUGGGAGCGGGUUGUGGGGCGGGCGUGGGGGGGGUGUGGGGGUGGGGGAGGGGGAGCUCAGCAUCUGCGCGCUCUGCGCGGGAUCCGGCCUCGGCCACCCCCUCCGAGCCCCACCCGCCGCCCCCGGCCGCCCUCUCGUCCACUCCGUUUCCCCAGCUCCGGGGUGCCGCGAGAUCCCCUAUCCCCUGGCACCUGGCGUUCCCCGGCGGGGAGCGCGGGCUGGCGCCGGGAGGAGCGCAGCCCUCGGGCCUGGCGGGGGUUCCAAGGGGCGCCGCGCCCCUGGAGGACGCGCGCCGGGCCCUGGCCACCGGGGGAGCGAGGCGCGCAUCCUCUUGCUCCGUCCUGGACAGCGCUUCCCCCGCCUGCUCCGAGGUGGCCUCGCCGCAGCUGGGGAGCCACUCGACGGGCGGCCUGGGCGCGACCACCGUGCCUCGGAGCAGCCCUGCCCUUGACCGCGGAGCAGCUUUCCCCGACCCUGUCCUGGGCUUGCACCACCCCUUCUCGAGGGUCCCCAGGAUACAGCGGCCACCCACAGCCCCCAACUCCAAGGCGCCUCCAGAGCCGCUCCAUCUCCCGGGCCCGCUGCUCCGUGCGGCCUCGGGAUACUCACCGCCCAAGGCGCGCGGGGCUGCGGCCUCACUGGGCUCCCCGCCCGGAUCCCCGAACUUGGUGUUUUCCUCGGAGCCCCCUGAGCGGCUGGCCGUAGAGAUUUCUUGCAAUGUCGCCUAUCAUCCUGGAUGUGCGGGUGCCUGCGGCUCGGCGUUCUGCCCUGCUCCGUGCCCUCGGCGCGGGGCUCCGGGCUCCUCCGCCGCCUGA